AUUUUCGUCUCUCCAGAUGCGUAUUGUUUUUGUGUUAGUUUGUUGACAUUCGCUUUGCCGUGCGCGUGAAAAUUGUGGAAAAACUGUGAUGAACAAGCCAAAAAUCACAUUUGGCAAGAUCAGCUUCACCAAGGCGUCGAGUGAGGGUGGAAAUUCCGGGGAAAAUCCCCAGAAUGAAGGUUUUGGUACAUUUGGCAAGAAUGCACCUGUAAAUAAGCUGAAUCAGGCCAUCGAGGAGAUUGCAGACGAUCUAGAGAGUCAGCAUGUGAAGGAAGUGAUGGGAAUAUCGGGAUUUGGCCGCAAGGCGAAGAACUUCGACAUUGCUGAGCAGAUUGCCAAGGCGAGACAGGUGCCCAAGAGGAAUCCUGUGCAAUCCCAGGAAGUGGCUGCGAAGGAGGAGGAGGGUGAGGAUGAGGAUGAUGUGAUUGGACCACUGCCGCCGCCGGAUUUAGCCGCGGGAACCGCAAAGACGGCGCAAAAGGGCAGCGACAGUGAAGAGAGUGACGAGGAGGAGGAAGAGGAGGAGGAUGAGGGUCUCCUGGGGCGUAUUCCGGCUACACACGAAGUGGCCAUGCAGCAUGGCUCCAAGGCGGUGAUCGCACUGUCCGCGGAUCCGUCAGGCGCCCGCCUGGCGAGCGGUUCUGUCAACUACGACUUGUUCUUCUGGGACUUCGCCGGCAUGGACACGAGCAUGAGGGCCUUCCGGACGCUGCAGCCGUGUGAGAACUACCCCAUCCGCAGCAUUCAAUACUCCGUGACGGGCGACAGGAUCCUGGUGGUGUCGGGCAACUCGCAGGCGAAGAUCCUGGACAGGGAUGGCUUCGAGAAAAUGGAGUGCGUGAAGGGCGAUCAGUACAUCACGGACAUGGCCAGGACGAAGGGGCACACGGCGCAGCUCACGGCCGGCUGCUGGCAUCCGGGCAGGCGCGAGGAGUUCCUCACCAGCGCCCUGGACGCCACGCUGCGUAUCUGGGAGGCGUCCGGCGCCAAGCAGCAGAAGCAGCUGAUCAAGACGCGCGCCCAGGGCGGCCUCAAGACGCUGCCGCACAGCUGCACGUACAACAGGGACGCCACGCUGAUCGCGGCGGGAUGCGCCGACGGCUCCAUCCAGAUGUGGGACACGCGCCGGAUGUUCGUCAACACCACGCACUGCAUCCGCGAGGCGCACGCCCGCGGCAGCGAGAUCUCCUGCGUCACCUUUUCACACCUCGGCACGCAGCUGGCGUCCAGAUCCUGCGACGGCACCAUGAGACUCUGGGACAUGCGCCAGCUCCGGAAGCCGCUCUUCACCUUCGACGCGCUCUACGCGCGCUACGACACCACGGACUGCGUCUUCAGCCCGGACGACGCCGUCCUGGUCACGGGAGAGUCGCUGGACAAGGGCAAGGACGCUGCCACGCUGCACUUCUUCGACACGCGCACCAGCGAACGCGUGCACGAGAUUCCCGUGACGGAUUCGCACGUGAUCAAGGUGUUGUGGCACCCGAAGCUGAACCAGAUCUUCGUGGGAUGCGGCAAUGGGACGAUCAAGUGCUUCUACGACGAGAAGCGGAGCCUGCGCGGCGCCAAGCUGUGCGUGGUGAAGACGUACAGGAAGAAGAAGCACGUGGAGGUCGUGGGCACGACGCAGGUCAUCACGCCGCACGCGCUGCCCAUGUUCCGGCAGGAGAAGAGCCGCUCCAGCCGGAAGAAGAUGGAGAAGGAUCGCGCGGAUCCCGUGAAGUCGCGCAAGCCCGAUCUGCCGAUCACGUCCGGCCAGGGCGGCAGAGUGGCGUCGUCUGGCGGCACGCUGAGCUCCUACGUGAUCCGCAAUCUGGGCCUGAGCAAGCGCGUGGACGACGAUCAGGAUCCGCGCGAGGCCAUUCUCAAGUAUGCCAAGGAGGCGGCUGAGAAUCCGUACUGGAUCGCGCCGGCGUACGCCAAGACGCAGCCGCGGCCCAUCUUCGACGCCGAAGACGGUCCGGACGCGAAGAAGCCGAAGACAGAAUAAAAAGAAUGUGGCAAAAGA